GCAGAUGCGCAUUGUAAGAGCAAAGCUACGACAACGCUUAACCACAUGGCAGAAGUGUUCAAGUGAAAUUUUAUCCUGUCCCCUCCACAUCUGAUUAGUUCGUGAUUACUUUGGUCUUGUUGCGCUUCAGGGUUUACCUUUGCAACCACUGAGUAAGAAAGGCUACAUGUACAUGGGCAGCGAAACAGGUGUUACAUCCCUUCUAUGCGAUUUACGACAUGGGCAUGCAGCAGUAAGCCUCAGAGGAAAUAUAUAUUUUAAAAGCAAUUAAAAUGAAUGCAAAAGCAUUAUUAUUAUCAUCCGCGUUGAUGUUGUAAGUAGAAACAAUAUCGCUACUAAGAAGGGGCCGUUCACACCGAACGCGUUCUUGCGUCCGUCCGCGCUGUUUUUCUUUGUAAACAUGCCGCGUCUCUCUGUUCUUUCAGCUUCUCGCGCAGGAACGCCGCGUUUUUAAGGUGCUUUGUCGCGUUCAAAUAAGUUCGCGUCUCGGCAUACCCGCGAAACCAUUAGUGUCGCUCUUUUUAACAAGAACGCUCCUAAUUAGCCAUAUUUACAAGCUUUGUUAUUUAAACGACCAGAUUUCACCAUUAUAGUGACGAGACGACGGACAUCCGUCGUGUUGUUUUCUGCCAGGCUGUCUUAUGAACGUCGCUUGAGAGCGUUUUACGGACACAAAGGCAGGAUUAGAAACUGCAAUGAAACCCUGAACCCGUAAGGGAGGUGUCUGAGAGAGAAGUAUAGAGAGGGGCAGGAAUAUUGCUUGUGCCUGGGCGGAACAGACGUUGCAAAUCUGUCGGAAAACAAGUGUCGAAGCUAUCGGUGCUCUGGAGUGCACUGUGUCUCUGUGUUUGUCUGCACGAGGAGCAGCUGAGAUAUCUCACAGUCAACAUUUCCAAAUGCAAAAGCGGUCACCACAUGAUCAAAUUAGACUGAUCUCACAACAGGCCAAUAAGCUGUUUGAUGACGUGGCAAUAUGAAAAUGGACCCGAGGUGCUCUAAGGAAAAAGGACUUUUAAAAGGCGAGGCAAAGGCUGCAUCGCCUCAUUGAAAUUCCAGAUCAAGCACUCCCAUGUAACCACUCGUAUCCACAUGCGUGUUUGAGUUAGUGCAUGUAUGUAGGGAUGGAGUGGUCUUUAGAGCGAAUGAGGGAGUGGGUGGCAGGUGGCAUGCAGUCGGUACGGGAGUGUGAAUCCAGCGCUCUGGGCACUGCUCUUUGUCUCGCCCUUCUGUUUAUCUGGUAUUGCUACCGUGUGGGAUGCGAGCAUGCUGCCCCAUCUCUCCAUGGCAGCUUCACUCCAGAACGCCGCGGCAGUGCCAUGCCCGGCGGAGUUCUGGCCUCAGACCUCUUGGCCCGAGGAGGCUCGUUGAAACUUCAUCAGGCCAGCGGAGGAAGCGGAGUCAGUGAGGAAGAACUCAACGGCUUCGCCUACUGCCAGUCACCCGAGUGCUUCCGUUGCACCAAGCCUGGCGAGGGCCUGAAUCAACGGCUCUACCACAGCCUGCAAGAGUACGCCAAACGCUACACCUGGGCCGGCAUGGGUCGUGUGCACAAGGGAGUGCGCGAGCAGGGGCGCUACCUGCUCUGCAGCCGCCCUUCCAUCCAGAAACCAGAGGUCUUUUUCCUGCCAGAUCUUCCCUCUGCUCCCUUCUUCUCACGAGAGGCACAGAAGCACGACGUGGAGCUUCUGGAGAGAAGUUUCCCUGCAUUGCUGGCUGAAUUUGAAAGCGUGUACCGGCUGCCGUCAAAUCGAACCGGCUCCACACUUCCACCAGGCUGGAAGGUUAAUAGCACACCUCGAGGCCAGUGGUGGACCUUCUAUCUGGUGAACCAGGGGACUCCGAUGGUGCUGAAUGCCAGACGUUGUCCACGGGCAUGGAGGGUGCUUGGGCAACUCCGUACCUUUAUUGCUAAUAAUGUGUUUGGCAAUGCCUGCUUCUCAGUGAUUAGUCCAGGAGCCACUAUUACUGAGCACUAUGGUCCAACCAACGUACGCCUGCGAUGCCACCUUGGACUGAAGGUGCCCUCUGGUUGUGAAUUAAUAGUCGGUGGAGAGCCGCAGUGCUGGUCUAAGGGAAGCUGCCUGCUGUUCGAUGACUCUUUUCUUCACACUGCAUUUCAUGAUGGUCCUGCAGAAGAUGGUCCAAGAGUUGUAUUCAUGGUGGACCUCUGGCAUCCAAAUGUGGCAGCAGCUGAGAGACAGGCACUGGACUACAUCUUCACCCCUGGACGCUGAGAGUGGGAAAAUUCUGUUGAAUAAACAACAUGGGAAAUUUGAUAUUUGGCAAAGUUCAAUGAGUGCAAUGGGAAAGACAUACAAUAAGCACAUUGGUAAACACUUCCUCUUGUAUACGUACCUCUCUAGUAUACAACUGUCCCUCGUGGCACUGCAACAGUAGAGAAUUUGAUGUACCAUCACUAUUGGACAUUAUCAAUGUUUACAGACCACUUUAGCAAAAACCUUCCCAUAACUUUUGCUUGAGACGAACCCUUGAAUUAUUAGGUUGAAUAAUGGUUUAGUUAGCUGCAAUUGACAGGGUCUCGUUAUACCCAAUGAUUAUCAUUUCACCUAAAGUAUUGACAGUCAAACGCACAUGGAAAUGCACUUUUUUCCAACACUGGUUGCUAUAGGCAAGGAUGGUUGUAUAGGAAGCACAGUACAAAGUUUGGUCUGUACAUUUGACAUAAACAGUCGUAAAAUGACUUGCACGGCAUUGACAGGGGAUUUGAUAUUUACAACAAAGGUACGUGGAUAUAUGGCAGAGAUGUUACGUGAAGGAAACACUACCAGCUAUUGGGUAAAAUGACCUCCAUUAAACGCACUAGUGGCAAGUUAUUUUGCCAUUCCUAAGCCAGGGUUGGAUCAUUCCGGUGACGAAAAAGAAGAGCACAUCAAAUCAGCCUGCUUUCCACUUUACUCUUUCCUACACUGAAUUUUCCAAUAAAAUCAAAACACGUAUCAAUCGCUUUGUAUUUCUGUACAACAACAGUGGGACACAGUGCUUGCUAUUUUUUGGAAAACAAUGUUAUGGCUGUUUAUGUGUGCUAGUUUAAACCUUAUUGUGCUUUGUUGUACAGCUUGUAAACAGAGCUUUAGUGGUUGUCACAUUGAUAUUGGUGCAUUCCUUUUGUAAGAUGACAGACAGUUUUGAGACAGUUGACAUUUGAGAAGUGACAUUUUAUAUCAUUGUGUGACUUUUGGAGUUGCAAAUAAAUUUUAUGAUGUUCCUACUUCCAUGUUUCAAAUUGUGUGCCAUGGACUCACUUUGCAAUGGACGAGUAAUUCUGUAGAUUAAAUAAAGAACUAAUUUAA